UGUGUCAGGAAGUAAGGGAUUUGGGAUCGAGCCGUUGUCAAACCGACGCUCCACAGUUGGUUACGGAGGGACCGGGGGAGAGUUUGGUGAGGACCGGCGGCGGUGUAACGGGACUCCUCCGGUAUGGGCCUGUUAGCGCGCGUGCGGAAGGAAUGGUUCAUUGUCGGUAUCGCGCUCGCGAUCGCUUCGGCCAAGCUCGCGCCGUCCGUCGGGGUGAAAGGAGGUCCUCUUCGGCCCGAGAUCACCAUCACCUACAUAGCAGUGUCAACCAUCUUCUUUAACAGCGGUCUGUCCUUAAAGACUGAGGAGUUAGCGAGUGCGUUAAUGCACGUGAAGUUACAUCUGUUUGUUCAGACGUUCACUCUGGUCUUUUUCCCUGUGGCCAUCUGGGCUCUUCUCAAAGUCCUGGCACUCACUGCUAUUAAUGAAUGGCUUCUCAAAGGGUUACAGACGGUGGGCUGUAUGCCUCCUCCUGUGUCCUCUGCCGUCAUCCUCACUAAAGCUGUCGGGGGAAACGAGGCUGCAGCCAUUUUCAACUCGGCGUUUGGAAGCUUCCUGGGGAUCGUCGUCACACCGCUGCUGCUGUUGCUGUUCCUUGGCUCGUCCUCCUCUGUACCGUUCUCCUCCAUCUUCUCUCAGCUCUUCAUGACUGUAGUUGUCCCUCUUAUAGUUGGGCAGGUGUGUAGGAAGUUCCUGAGGGAGUGGCUGGAGCGGAGGAAACCUCCGUUCGGCACGGUGAGCAGCAUCGUUCUGCUCAUGAUCAUCUACACCACGUUCUGCGACACGUUCUCCAACCCCGACAUCGAGCUGGACCACCUCAGCCUCCUCAUCAUCAUCUUCAUCAUUUUCACUGUUCAGCUCACAUUCAUGUUACUGACUUUCUUCUUGUCUACCAGGAAGUCUUCAGGCUUCACAGCAGCAGAUUCUGUAGCAAUAUUGUUUUGCUCUACACACAAAUCCCUCACGCUGGGUAUCCCCAUGCUGAAGAUUGUAUUCGCAGGCUUUGAGCAUCUCUCGCUCAUCUCAGUGCCUCUGCUCAUCUAUCACCCGGCUCAGAUCCUCCUGGGCAGCAUCCUGGUGCCGACCAUCAAAGCCUGGAUGAACACGAGUCAGAAGUCUGCCAUUUUAGUGCACUAAGUCUGCAUGUCUUUACCUCCUCCGCCUGCGAGUCCGCCCUGAAACUGACCAACCUGCAGCCCAUCUGAGAGAAUUGUGAAUAAAUUUACCUCACACUGAAACGUAACGGGACCCAAAGCUGACUUGACCUGCAGUUUUCCGUCAUUCCCAAUGAAGGAUGAGGGACGUUUUCCGGGAUGGAGGGAUGACCAAGUGCCUUAUUGCAACUAGCGGGACCUCAGGCAGCUUCAGUGGCUCGCCUCUCUAUCUCUCUAUCUCUCUCUCUCUCUCUCUCUCUCUCUAACUACAUUUGUCUCUCUCUCUGUGUCUCUCUCUGUCACCCUCUCUCUCUCUCUCUCUCUCUGUGUCUGUGUGUGUGUGUGUGUGUCUCUCUCUCUUUCUGUCUCUCUCGCUCUCUCUCUCUCUCUCUCUCUCUCUCUUUUUCUGUCUAUGUCUCUAUCUGUCUCUUUCUCUUUCUGUAUCUCUCUCUGUGUGGUCUUUCUCUCUGUAUCUCUAUGUGUCUGUCUGUCUGUCUGUCUCUCUCUCUCUCUCUCUCUCUCUCUCUCUAACUACAUUUGUCUCUCUCUCUGUGUCUCUCUCUGUCACCCUCUCUCUCUCUCUCUCUCUGUGUCUGUGUGUGUGUCUCUCUCUCUUUCUGUCUCUCUCGCUCUCUCUCUCUCUCUCUCUCUCUCUUUUUCUGUCUAUGUCUCUAUCUGUCUCUUUCUCUUUCUGUAUCUCUCUCUGUGUGGUCUUUCUCUCUGUAUCUCUAUGUGUCUGUCUGUCUGUCUGUCUCUCUCUCUCUCUCUCUCUCUCUCUCUCUCUCUCUCUCUGCAGGGAAAUUAUUUUACACAGACAAGCUCAAAAUGAUUCCACGAGCGUGUUUUUUUUAAUAAAUGUGAAUGUACAGCUUUAUUUUUAUACGAAGCGCUUGAUGCUUUGAAGAUGAGGACAUUGCCAAUCAUUUUUUUUUUUUUUUAUUUGUACUGGAUUUUUUCCCUAAUUUUAUUUUUAUCAUCACUGGGGGUCCAGAUGCCUGAUCUGUUGGAUCUGUUAUUAUUAAGUUUCCGUUUUCUUUGUGGUAUUUCAGCCUGACGUGGGGACUUUUAGGUCAGCGUUUUUGACGUUAGGGCUGCAUGAUAUGGACACUAAAUCAUGUUGCUGUUACGUUCUAUGUAUUGUGACCUUUAAUCCCAAAUCAGGUUAAAGAAAAGAGCUGCAUUAUUGGGACCAAACAGAAUUUGGAUGUUGUGAUUCAUCCAAAAUUUCAGGAUAAUUACUAACACAUACUGUAGUUAGAGAUUAAAGGGUAAAUUUGAAUAUUGCGUCCUUCUGCAGAAUAUCAGUAUUGGAAAGUCUAACAUCACAAUAAUGAUUAACAAACAAUAUAUUUUACAACCCUCCUGGAUCUCAGCCUCGUGUUUUUACUGCCACAUGUCCUCAGACAAUAAAACACAAAAGCCUGAUUUACAA